GUCCUUUCAGUAGAGUUUGUAAGUGUCAUACAAUAAUGUUUGGAAAAGUGGUGUUCAUAAUAUUUUUUAAUGUAGUGCUUUGUAAGGAUUGUUACUGGAACUCGCGUCCUUAUGAAUUAUUUUCUACUAAAACCCCAUAUGUUACUGUAAGAGGUGACUUGAGGGAUGAGAAAUUGCCUGAAAUUGAUAAUUGCCAACCGAUAAGCCUUUGGUCGCUCCACCGGCACGGUAACAGGAGCCCGGGCCGGCAAGUAACAGAGGAUAUCAAUGAACUGCAAAAGAAUAUUAUUAAUGCAAUUAAAAAUGAAUUCGAAAACAGUCGAACUCGACUACUCAGCACGAACUGUUUUCAGGACAUAGAAGAUCUUCUAAAUUGGAAAUGGAACGCUACAUUAGAAACUUCACCAAACUACCUCACAGGCGUCGGCUAUGAGGAAAUUUAUGAACUAGGUAAAAGAGUGAACCAAAGGUUCACAACACUACUAUCAGGAGACUAUGAUAAGUUUUACUUUAGACCGACUAAUGAACAGAGGACUAUCACCAGCGCUAUCGCCUUCGUGCAUGGAUUAAUGUAUGAAACAAACAUCAGUCUGUAUGAGAACAUUGAUGGGCCGUGGAAGGAGGAUAAUGUGAUUCGGCCUUACGAACACUGUAUCAAGUAUCAAGAGGAAGUCUUUUCAGGGCAGAAAAUUGUUGACGAACUUGCUGCAUACGACACUAGUCCAGAAGUCUUAGCUGUCAGAGACAGAGCUCAAAUGCAUUUGGGUACUGCCUAUCAAUUGACAGUGAGUGACACAUACAAUUUGUAUGAGCUGUGCCGAUUCUACCGAUCCUGGACUACUAACCUUCGAUCUCCGUGGUGCUCGUUCUUCACUAAUAAUGAUUUAGAAGUUCUAGAGUACAGGGAUGACGUCCGUCAUUACUACCGAAAUGGAUAUGGAUCGCAGAUAAACGUCAACCUGGGAGCUGCACCUUUAAAGAACUUAUAUGAACACUUCAAGGCUGUGACUCAGGGCAAUGGAAAGAAUAUCGUUUCAUAUUUUUCACAUGAUACCAUCUUCGAAAUGGUCCUCAGUGCCCUUGGAUUGUACAAGGACAUAAAACCGCUUCGAGGAUCACUAAGAAAUACAAGCCGCUUAUGGAGGACUAGUGAAAUUGCUGCUUUUUCUACGAAUCUAAUUGCAGUUUUGUUCAAGUGUCAGGAAGAAGGAACAGAGACACACCGUGUUCAAUUUCUGAUUAAUGAAAAGCCUACAUCCCUCUGUCCAGCAGAGGGCUGUACUUGGGCGCAGUUUGUUGAUCGCUUCCAAGUCUUUACUAAUUCUACAACAGAAUUUUGUCAGUAUGAAGACAUUAAUAUUCAUUUGCCAAAUAAAAGUGGCGCUGUCAGUCUCUUAUUUAUGAACAUUUUAACGUUAUUAUCAAUAUUACUUAUUAAGUGAAAAAUAUUUUUGUAAGAAUGAUAAAUAAGACUUGACAGUUACUAUAAAUGUGAACCUGUAGUUUGAGACGUUAAGUCUCAAUACUAGAUAAUUUUUGGUAACAUGGCUGCUUUAGAUUACCGAUAAAAUUUUAAUAAGAAAUUUUAGAAAAUAAUUUUUGGUAACCGUCUAAGAGGAUUAGGUAAGUAAAACAAAAAUAACGGUGGUGAAAAAUAAUAUUUAUGUACUUAUGAUUA